AGCACGGGAAGCAGCUGCAGACGCAACAUGGAAGAGUUUCAGACUGGAGAGGAGACUACCUUUGUUGUUGACGAAGUUAGCACUAUCAUAAAAGAGUCAGUUGAAGGUGCUAUUGGAGGACACACUUACAUGCAUAGUAGAGUAAACCAAUGGACAUCAAAUGUGGUGGAGCAGUGCCUAAGUCAACUGGCAAAACUAGGCAAACCUUUUAAAUAUAUUGUGACUUGUGUCAUCAUGCAGAAGAAUGGCGCAGGGCUUCAGACUGCUAGCUCCUGCUUCUGGGACAAUUCCACAGAUGGAAGCUGCACUGUGAGAUGGGAGAAUAAAUCUAUGUACUGUAUUGUCAGUGUAUUUGGACUAGCUCUGUAAAAUUAAAAUCCUGUUAGUUUAUUUUUCACACAAAUACCAGUAGUUAUGUUCAUUUAUAGUACAUAUUUAUGUGUGCUGUGUUGAGUUGUUUGUAAGUGUUAUUUGUGUAUUUUAACUGACCAAAAUUCAACAAAGCUCUGAAGGUGCGAAAAUGGUAACAUGCAGCACUUUGAAAUGUUUAUCACUGAAAUGUUUUGUGUUUUUCUAUUCUAUGUUACAUCAUUUUAAAUAAAUUAUUACACAA